UCUUUAAACUUGUUCUACGUCGAAUACGAACCGGAAAGCGGUAUUUUACUCGUAGAAUAGUUUUUGCUUGACCACGACAGCGUUUGCACCUGUGAAAGUUUUGUGAUUGGUUCUCUAUGAAUUAUUUUUACGAAAAAUCAGUGAUAUAUCAAAAUGUCUGAAGAAUCGCAAGUGCGUGCUUUUUACUCCGGUAAAAAUUUCUUCAUCACCGGCGGCACCGGCUUUGUAGGAUUAUGUUUGAUAGAGAAGAUACUGAGGAGUAUACCUGAAGCUGGCAAAUUGUACCUACUUAUGAGACCUAAAAAAGGCAAGGAAAUAUCUGAAAGGCUGGAGGAAUUCCCAAAAAAUCCAAUAUUCGAAAAACUCAUAGAAAAAGAAACAACAGAUGUGUUCAAGAAAAUUGUUCCAGUGUCCGGCGAUGUUGGGCAAGAGAACCUCGGAUUGAGCCCUCAGGACCGUGAGCUGCUUAUCAAUAAUGUAAAUGUAAUAGUGCACUCGGCAGCCACCCUGGACUUCCAGGAGUCUCUGCGGCCGACAGUGAAAAUUAAUCUUUUGGGUACAAGGAGAGUGAUGGAAUUAAGUCGUCAAAUAAAAAAUUUGAAGGUGAUGAUUCACGUUUCAUCAGCAUAUGUCAACUCGUACCUGACAGAGGCACACGAGAAGGUCUACGAGGCGCCUGAUGACGCCGAGAAGAUCAUAGCACUGAUAGAAAAUAAGAAUGACGAGGAACUGUUGCAAUUAGAACCCAAAAUCCUGAAAAGCCACCCAAAUACAUACACAUUCACGAAACAUUUAGCCGAGCACGAAGUCGUGAAGUGUGCUGAUCUGUUUCCAUGUACUAUUGUGAGACCCACCAUGAUUGUCGGGUCUUGGAAGGAGCCUAUUCCUGGAUGGACUUGCUCCAAAGUGGGACCCCAAGGAUUCCUCAUGGGCGCUAGCAAAGGCGUGGUGCGACGGUUGCCGCUGGCGACCCAAAACGUGGCCGACUACAUCCCCGUCGACGUGGUGGUCAACCAGCUUCUAGUUGCCGGCUGGCACGCCGCCCAGUCUAAGUCCGGUCUAAGCGUAUACCAUUGCUCGUCGUCUACGUGCAGGCCGUUCACCUGGUCGCUCAUAGAGUUGUCGGUCAACGAAUUACUGCACGCUUACCCGCUCAAAAAUGCUGUAUGGUACCCGCAUUUAAAAUUCGUUUCGUCGCUGUGGUUGUUCCGCUUGUCGGCCAUAUUUAUCCACUUCUUCCCCGCUAUAUUACUAGAUACACUGCUUCGUAUAACUGGCGGGCGUGCUAUACUGUUCCGUUUAAAUAAAAAUGUAUGGAACUCACUCAGCCGCUUGGAGAGGUUCAUAUUUUCCGAAUGGAAGUUCUACAAUCCGAACACGUUAGAUUUGUGCAAACAGCUGAACAAGACAGACAGGGAGUUGUUCUUUAUAGAUAUCUCCACUUUAGUUUGGAAGGAUUACUUCACGAACCUGCUUCUAGGCGUAAGGAAAUAUUUGAAUAAUGAGAAGGAAAGCUCACUGCCGGCAGCCAGGAGGAAAGAUUCUGUAUUAUUGGUGGUUCAUAUAGUCUGGCAGAUUUUCAUCAUCGGAUUGCUGUGGUAUGCCUUCGCAGCUCUCGCGGGCCUCACCAUGAUACAGAGCGCUUGGGUCGCCCCCGCUAUAUACAUGUUGUACAGUUUAUUAUAAGUGUAUUAUAAUAUAAUGGGACAGAUAUAAUGAUUACCUGCGACUUUGUACGCACUUUGACUGUGACGCAGAGCGUGAAGUUAUGAAAACGUGUAAUUUUUCUAUACUAUUAUGUCACUAUGAUCGAUUGGAAAUCUUAAUCUCUAUCUCUAAAACUACAAAUUUGAUAUUACCAGCGAUUAAGAAACUGGUGCUUAAAAAUAAAUAGUUUCAGUUUAUAUUGAUAAACUAAGUUUAUAAAAGAAUUAGAUGAUCCGGUGAACUUCGUGUUACAUACAACGCCAUCUAUUGAAAGUAAUCCGAAGUAGCGAUUCUCAUUAGAACAUUAUUAAUUUUUAAUUUAAUUUCACUUUUUAUUUCUUUGACACCACCCACUGUAAUGCAACGAAUAAAACGGCAAAAAUCAAUAUCGGUCAAGCUGUUUUUAUUCGUAACAUAAUAGUUCAGUUAAAGUACCAAAUAAAAUGUGCGUUCACGGCAUAAUGAAAUCUUCAACACAAUAAGAUUUUUAGUAUCGUCACGUCAUGAUUGGAUAUAAGCUAUAUAAAUAUAAAAAUUUCAUAAUCGUUCAAUAACUGUUUACUUAUAUAUAAACAAAUUGUGUAGAUAACUGGAUUGGGACCAAAGAUAUUUAACAUAUAGUAAUUUGAAACUUCAAAAUUUACGCUCAAAUUUGACGUAUGUGCCAUGUUAUCUUUUGUCGUGUCUUAGAGGCUAAACUAUUUUAUAAUGAAACUGGUUAAUUGUUUAUAUAUAAGUAAAUUGAUAGAUAGGUGAAUUACAAACAAAAUAUAGCAUGCAGUGUGUUAAUUAAUGAAAUUCAUGCCUUAAAAGUAGUGUUAGUAAUCAUUAGCAAGGUCUCAGUUUUUUUUUUUCUAUACCAAAUAUUACCAAAAACAAAAUUCUUUAAAAAAAUUUAUAUCCUUACCAACGACUCGAUGUAACAUAAGUACAACAUAUGUACAUAUCUAUUAUUAUGCAUUGAAAGUGGUAUAAAUGCAGCUUGUACAUUUUUUCGGGAAUAUUAUUUAUUUAUUUAUACUUUAUUGUACACACUGAUAGUACAAAAAAAUAUGACAGAGGUUAGUAUAUAUACAAAGGCGAGUUUAACUAUAAAAGAGUUUUCUUCUAGCAAGCCCAAAGUGGAAAGAGUAUCAAUAUCAGAGGGUAGAGCAAAGUAAUAUUAAUUUAUUUUUUAAUAUUUGGUAACAUAAAAAAAAUUCUAGGUAAUAAUAAAUAAGUAAUAAAUUUACCAGAGGGAGACUUUGUACAAAAGUCGAUUGCUUGGGUACCUCUGUCCCAUUCGUGUUUCAACCGUGAAGCAGCUGUGUUUGCAUAACUGUGUUUCGGUUUGAAGGGUGGGAUAUGGCGUGAAUUUACUGGGUACAGAGGAAUAACACCUGAGUCCUCAGGAAUGGCAACGCAUGGGGGGUAUCAUGGGCGUAACAGUAUACUCUAUUAUGUCCAUGGUACUGCUCAUGUCUAUAGGCGACGGUUACCACUUUCCAUCAGGUGGGCCGUCAGCUUGUUUGCCAUUCUAAGUUGUAUAAAAAAAUUUUUUUUGAUACUAUAUUAAUGAAUAGUAGCACUAGUUUUAAGAAAUUUAUUUUGUCAACACACUGUAUAUUAGUAUAUAGUAAUUCAUUUGAGAAAUAACAGUACAUGCGAUUGUAAAUCAAAUUUGACGUAUUUCAUAUCAUAUAUUUCACGCAUACAAAGUUGUGGGUAAUAUUGAAACAUUGUAAAAUUAAAAACUAACCCUCUUAUUUAUAAAGACUAAAACAUACAAACUUUAUUUCAAAUAUUUGAGUGUUUUGUCACCUUUCAAAUUGGGAAUUUAGUGUAAGCAGGAGAAAGUAGUUCAAUAGCUGAAAUAGAUUUGAGAGACGUUUGACCUUUUUAUGAAUAAGGGGGUGAGUUUAUGUAGGUGACUUUGUGUGGACCAAUCACGGAUCAGCUCAUCGCAAAUCGACUAGAAUACAUUUUUAUUACUAUACCAAAAGGAGGAAAAUUUUGUAUGAAAAAUGUGUUAUCUCGAUCAUCCAUGUCUUAUCUAUCAUCUACAGAUAAGAGCAUUUGCUCUUGAUACACGUAAAUGGAAUCGAAAUAUUUAAAUAUGGAAACCAUAUUACAGUCAUUAUUAUGUCAUCGCAAUUAAUCAUUUUUCAAAUAUAUAAUUAAUCUUCUGUACGAAUAUUUCAUAGUUAUUUGCAAAAGUUAAAAAGUAAGUAGAAAAAUUAUGUGUUAUUUUUUCAUAAUAAUUAUGUUUAGUAAUCGAAUGUUACUAUAUUACUUAAAUAUUACUAGUUCGCUAGUAGAACAGUUUUUUUUUUUAAAUAAAAACAUAUUGUUUUGAAAAAUUUACAGACGAUUGCUACACUUCUAAAUCUACAGUAUGAAAGUACUUAAGUUCUAUUCAAGCCAUAGACAUUUCUAUUGAAACCAUAGACUUAGUACAACGUACUAUGUACUGAGAGAGUAGCAAUGCAAUCACAAAAACGAGACAAGAAAAUAAUUACACCAGUGUGCGUAUUUUGUAAAUGUGUGUAUGUGGCAGGUCUGAAUGUAUAUAGAAUUGAAGUUGCAAAAUAGUGAAAAUUCACGUAUUACAUUCAUUAUAUUUUUAAUCCAUGGACGUUUAGAACAUUGUUUGGGUCAUAUUAGAUACGUUUUCUACUAAUUCCUGUAUAAAAUAUUUCUGAUUAUUUUAUAAUAUUGCAUUUAAAUAGAUAAAUCUCUAAAGCGUUAAUACGAGAGAAAAUUUGCAAUUUUGUGGUUCUGUUAUGUUAGAGCAUAGAAAUGACAAGUAUAUACACUAUACUACACUCACUUGAAACUAAUUCCACUUCAAAAUAUAAAAAAAAAUAAUGAGAAAUUGUUUAAUUCAUACUAUCUAUUAUGUGUCUAUUAUAUAUUGCGUAUCUACUUGUUUGUCUCGCUCUAACGUAUGUUAUUAUGUUAUGUCUCUUUUACAUUAUCAAUCUGUAUCCUUUAUAAUCUAAGAUUGAAACAGAUUAUACUAGACGAGUUUUAAAGUUCCAUCGUCGAGUAUUGAACGUUUAACGUAAAUUUUAUCAUUUUACUAACGUAAAGGAUGGGUCUCGAAUAAUUAUCAACGUUAAGUAUUGUCUAUAAUCUCAAACUUUAAUACAUUCAUCUUUUCAGCCUUAGUUUUUGUAAGAGCACUUCUAAUAGCAUUUUAAUAUAUUAAUUUUAUUUUAUAUUUUAUUUUAUAAACAAAAAUUAUUCCAUUUACAUAAAUAAUGAAUUGGGGAAUUAUGUUAGUUCUAAGUAAAGCUAUUAUUUAAUUGCAUCAUUUGCCUUUGGCAUUUUGGCGUGCUUUUUUUUAUCGAAAUAAAUUAUUAUUUGCCA